ACGAUUUCAAAGUUCAGUUGGCGAACAGGAAAAGAAGUGCAACAACAACACGAAAUAUUUUUUGGACACCAUGGCUUUUUACAGCCGAGUUUCAGGCUCUGUUGGCAUGAUAACUCUGCAGAAUCCUCCCGUCAAUGCACUGAGUGCAGCGGUGAGGCAAGGCAUUGUUGACGCGAUGCACAGAGCUCUCAGUGAGCCAGAGGUGAAGUCUGUGGUAAUCUGUGGCCAGAAUGGAAAAUUUUGUGGAGGAGCAGACAUCGGAGAGUUUGGGGCCAAGAUGACCGGGCCUCCUCUGGUGCCAAUGGUCCAUCUGAUCGAGGCAGCGUCCAAACCGGUGGUGGCAGCCAUAGAGGGGAUCGCUUUAGGCGGAGGCCUCGAGUUGGCGCUCUCUUGUCACUAUCGUAUCGCCCACUCUAAGGCCAGACUGGGAUUUCCAGAGGUGGCUUUGGGUCUGCUGCCAGGUGCAGGAGGAACUCAGCGUCUGCCAAGGCUCAUUGGAGUCCCAGCUAGCUUGGACCUCAUCACCACAGGCCGCCAAGUGACUGCAGCUGAGGCUCGGCAGCUUGGAAUUGUUGAUGAGGUGACGGAUCUCAACGCUGUGGAUGCAGCUGUCAAGUUUGCCCAAAGUGUGGCAGAUAAAUCUUUGGAUGCACGCCGCAUCAGCACCUAUCCGUGUCCACGUCCCCCCGAUUUGGAUACGAUCUUUGAAAGGGCAAUGCAGCAGGUGCGGCGGAGCGCCCGCGGAGCCAUAGCACCGGGUACCUGUGUCCAAGCAGUUCACGCUGCUGUCACGCUGCCCUACGCUAAGGGAAUGGAGCGAGAGCGGGAACUGUUUUCCGUACUUUUCAACUCGGGUCAGGCCCGGGCUCUACAGUACUACUUCUUUGCCCAGAGAGCCGUCAGCAGGUGGAGCACGGCCAGCGGAGCCCGCUGGGACACCAGCAAGCCCAGGCCUGUGCAUAAAGCAGCUGUCAUCGGGCUUGGCACCAUGGGACGAGGUAUAACUGUGUCCCUGGCCCAGGCAGGGUUCUCUGUGGUUGCCGUGGAGACCCAGGAGAAACAGCUGUCGGAGGCAAAGCAGGCGGUGUCUGGCAUGUUGGAGAGGGGGGCCAAGAGACGAGGGGUGCCCCUGGCACACGAUAAAAUCAAAUACAGCUGCAGCGUCCAGGCUGUGGCAGAUGUUGACCUAGUCAUUGAAGCUGUGUUUGAGGACAUGGCUCUGAAGAAAACCAUCUUCCAGCAGCUGUCGGCCAUAUGCAAACCGGGCGCACUCCUGUGCACAAACACCUCUGGGCUCGACAUAGACGAGCUGGCUUCUCAAACCCAGAGUCCAGAACUGGUAGUCGGGAUGCACUUCUUCGCGCCAGCUCACGUCAUGCAGCUGUUGGAGGUGGUCUACGGGCCGCGCUCGUCCCCCGAAGCCGUGGCCACCGCCAUGCAGAUGGGGAAGAAGAUGGGAAAAGUGAGUGUUGCAGUUGGAAACUGUCGGGGAUUUGUAGGAAACCGUAUGCUGAAGCUGUACUUGGAGCAAGCGUUCUUCCUGUUGGAAGAGGGAGCCACACCUGAGCAGGUGGACCAGGUGCUGGAAGAGUUCGGGUUUCCCAUGGGUGUGUUCAAAGUGUCUGACCUCUCUGGGCUGGACAUUGGCUGGAAGGUCAGGAAGGCGGAUGGUUUAGUUUCGCCCGCCUUUACAGGAACAUCCGCUAGAAUCCGAGGCGGCAGCAGGUACAGUCCUCUGGGAGACCUGCUGUGUGAACAGGGAAGGUUUGGUCAGAAAACAGGCAAAGGGUGGUAUCAGUACGACAAACCCGGCGGUCGUGUGGCUAAACCCGACCCUUGGCUGUUCGGGUUUCUGGAGGACUAUCGAGCCCAGCACGGCCUGGUGGCACGUCGCAUCGACCACCAGGAGGUGCUGGAGCGCUGCCUCUACCCGCUGAUCAACGAGGGCUUCCAGAUCCUCCAGGACGGAAUCGCCGCAGGACCCGAAGACAUCGACGUCAUCUAUGUGCUCGGCUAUGGCUGGCCCAGACACCGCGGGGGUCCCAUGUUCUACGCUAGCCAGGUGGGUCUAGACAAGGUUGUGGAGAGGCUGGAGCACUACCAGCAGAUCCACCCUGAUGUUCCAGGUCUGCAGCCCUGCAGAUUGCUCCGGAAGCUGGCAGCCAUCAGCAACCCAGCAAUCCACAAAUGGAGGGAGGUCAUCCAGAAACCCCGCAGCCAGCUUUAAACUUCAGCUCACCUCCAGUGUGACAGCAGAUUUUUCUAAUUACAUUGCUAAUUAACCAAAUAAUGUAUAUUUACUUUGCACUUUCAUGUAGCUUUAAUACAAUGCAUUAAAUCACUCUCAUCAUCUAUUUGCUUUGUAUUUAUCAAUGCAAACGUAACAAUCGCUUAGAGGGUUUAAUUUAUUCAAAUAAAAGCUGAAGAACCUAUAGAAAUGAAGUAUAACAGAUUUGUCACACUUAAAUCUUUAAAACAUAAAUCACAUUUUAAUAUCAGCCAUACCAAAACAGGAUAAAAACUGCUGCAGUGAACAUGUCAUCUAUUAGGGAAAAAAGGUCUCCAAAUAACCUGGCCCUAUGUGAAAAAGAAAUGUCCUGCUAAAGAGUUCAUGUUGAACUGCCUGUUUAAGACCAUACCAUAGCAUCUCACUCAGAAUUAAAUCCAGACUUUGACUAGACCACUGCAAAACCGUCAGAUGUGCUUUGUAACAUGGUCUUGCACCAUGUUACCAAAUGGGCUUGAUUUUAACAGCACAAAUCGGCGGGACAUUUGCUUUAGGGAUUUUUUGUUAGAGAGGAGAUUUUCAGGUUUUAUUAAAUUAGAGUUGUAAUCUUUCUGAAAUGCUGUAUUUGUUUUUAUGUGAGAUGUAAUGAGUCAAACACCUGCCAAACAAUUUGCACUUGUACCUUGUCAGACCACAGAAUAAUUUCCAAAAAAUCUUUGGUAUCAUCAAGAUGUUUUCUGGUAAUUUUGAGACCGGCCUUUUAGAUAGUCAGGAAAGCAAAUAGUCUUUGCAAAAGUGUGUGUGUCACUCCACUUAUACUGUGGAAAGAAAUUGCUUUAUUAUGCACAUAGUGGGCCCUCUAAGAGACUCAAAUAUGCACAAACCAUAGCAAUAAAAAUGUUCAAGUUGUAGAUAUUUUUGUCUACAUCAGUUGUGGAUCUAGCUUGAAGUACCAGAAUCUGAACUUUGUCUGUGCUAUGCUUUAAUUUAAUAACCUGAAUCACUGUUUGGGGAAAAAUAGAGUUAAAAUGACAGAUUCUGAAUGCAGAACUGAUUGCACUUCUAAAAACAACAACAAAACAUUAAGCGAAUAAGAAAUGGGCAAAGCCAAAUGAAAUAAAAACAUAAUUGAGUUUGUGAAAUUCCCAGUGGUUUUCCAGCGGGGUGUUUUUAGAUGCAGAUCACUAGUCAUUUAAAUGUAAGGUGACAGUAAUGGGAGUAAAUUGUUGAGGUUGUUAAAGUUAUAGCUGCAGCCUCGGCAGAAAUAGGGAAAAAUCGUUUUAGUGGACGGCUGGCGGAGAGAAGAACCUCCUCUGUGGUUUGGUGGAGCUUUAAGUUAUUAUGAGUCUCUAAAUCAGAGGUUGUAAUGGAAAAAAAAGUUUUUUUAUCAUUCUCCACAAUCUAUUGAACAUAUUGCUGUUUUUAUAAAUACUGACUGUUGCACAUCUGCAAAUGAGGCUCAAUGAAACACUAUGUUGAAAUCGCACUAUUCAUUACACUGGAUGGAUUGAACAGGGUGAUACAUGAAUGACAUAUUUGACAACAUUAAAUCCUACUGUCUUGUCAAACCUUAUACAGAAAAGCAGUCAUAUCAGCUGACUGAUUUCACAUUCUGGUUAGAAGUGUUUCUAUUUGCAUUUAGGAAUGACAGGAACGGGGCGUGCUGUGGUGACGACCUUUGCCGCAUGUCUUCCCCCCUCUCCUCACCCUCCUUCCUGUCUGCCUACUGUC